AUGUCUGAUGUUUGGUCGGCAGACAAUCAACUAAUACCCCUCUCAAAUUAUGGCGUAAAAUCUAUGUCGAUGGGUUAUUUAGUGGGUGAUGCAGCGCCUGUUGUAUGGCGUGGAUUGAUGGUCAUGAAAGCAUUACAGCAACUUCUACACGAGGUCGACUGGGGUGGAUUGGAUAUUUUGGUUCUCGAUUUACCACCAGGAACAGGAGAUACUCAGUUGACUAUAACGCAGCAAAUUGUACUUGAUGGAGCGGUAAUUGUGUCGACGCCUCAGGAUAUAGCUCUCAAAGAUGCCGUGAAAGGUAUCAAUAUGUUUAAGAAGAUUGAUAUUCCUAUUCUGGGGAUGGUACAGAAUAUGUCACUAUUUACAUGCCCACACUGUCAAAAAAGCACACAUAUUUUUGGGUCACAUUCGGGAGUCACGCAUGCUUGUAGAGAGCAUGGAAUUGAAUUUCUAGGGGAUAUACCAUUACACGCGAGCAUUUGCGAUGAUGCGGACAGGGGAAAACCGACAGUUGUAGCCGAGCCUGAAAGCGAAAGAGCAAAGGCAUUUAUGUCAAUCACAGAACUAGUGGGAAAGAGAAUUGGCUUGUUUUAA